AGACACUAUUUCCAAAGUGAACGUUGUGCUCACACUAAUGCAAUUCAAAACAAAAGCUGCUAGUCUGCUAAUGUUAGGUAACCUACUUAAGUGACUGUUUUGUCAGCAUGAACUUGGCACAUGAGAACGAGAGAGUUCUAAGUGACGAUGGAGUCAGCCGUUAGUACAUCCACUGAUGUGCCAGAUGAGUUUGACCGCAAUGUUCCACGGAUCUGUGGUGUGUGUGGAGACAAAGCCACUGGCUUUCAUUUUAACGCGAUGACCUGUGAGGGCUGCAAAGGCUUCUUCAGGCGCAGUAUGAAGCGGAAGGCCAGUUUUACCUGUCCAUUUAAUGGCAGCUGCACCAUCACUAAAGAUAACCGUCGGCACUGCCAGGCCUGCAGACUCAAGCGUUGCCUGGAUAUUGGCAUGAUGAAAGAGUUUAUUCUGACGGAUGAGGAAGUUCAGAGGAAGAAGGAGCUGAUCCAGAGGAGAAAGGACGAGGAGGCACAGAGGGAGGCACAGAAGCCCCGCCUCACAGAGGAGCAGCGAAACAUCAUCGACAUGCUGGUGGAGGCCCAUCAUAAAACCUAUGACGAUUCCUACUCCGAUUUCUCGCGCUUCAGACCUCCAGUUAGAGAGGGUCCAGUUACACGUAGUGCCAGUCGCGCCGCGUCUCUUCAUUCUCUGUCAGAUGCUUCCUCAGACUCCUUUAGCCACUCUCCAGAGUCAGGAGAUCGUAAGAUGAAUCUGAGUAAUCUCUUGGUGAUGUAUCAGGAGCAGGGUUUGGGCUCCAGUCCUGAUUCAAAAGAGGAUGAGGGCUCUGGUCUUUCCAUGCUUCCUCACCUUGCAGACCUGGUUUCCUACAGCAUUCAGAAAGUCAUCGGCUUUGCCAAGAUGAUACCUGGAUUCAGGGAGCUAACAGCUGAAGAUCAGAUUGCUUUGUUGAAGUCUAGUGCUAUAGAAGUGAUCAUGCUGAGGUCCAACCAGUCUUUCAGUCUAGAAGACAUGAGCUGGAGCUGCGGAGGACCAGAGUUUAAAUACUGCGUCAACGACGUUACAAAAGCUGGACACACUCUGGAGCUGUUGGAGCCUCUGGUGAAGUUUCAGGUGGGCUUAAAGAAGCUCAGCCUACAUGAGGAAGAACAUGUGCUGCUGAUGGCCAUCUGCCUGCUGUCUCCAGACCGGCCUGGGGUGCAGGACCACGAGCGUGUUGAGGCGUUGCAGGACAGGUUAUCCGAGAUUCUGCAGGCAUACAUCCGCGCAAAUCACCCAGGGGGUCGUCUGCUAUACGCAAAGAUGAUUCAGAAGCUGGCGGACCUGCGCAGCCUGAACGAAGAGCACUCCAAGCAGUACCGCUCACUCUCUUUCCAGCCCGAGCACAGCAUGCAGCUGACACCUCUGGUGCUGGAAGUGUUUGGUGGGCAGGUCACCUAGCAAUUGCACCCGAGUCGGGACAAGACGCGUGGGUCACAUGGCGUGGUGCAGGUGGAGUGAAUGUAUGGACAAUUACCUUAAAAUGCAUACAGAGUUUCCAGGAUGAAGUUUAUGAGUGCUUGAGGGUGUGUGUGUGUGUGUGUGUGUGUGUGUGUGUGUGUGUGUGUGUAAGUCUAUUCCCCUAUCACUUACAGAUCGUCUAGAGAGUGCCAUAGAUAUUUCCGUUUUCUUGUUUAUGUAAGGACAUUCUUACAAGAAUGUAAUAUGGUCAUGGUGUUUUGCACUGUGGCAACUAAAUACAGUAAAAUUUUACUGUAUCCUCAAUAGCCAACAGUAUUACACUGCAUGUGUAGUUUAUUUACAGAUUGAAUGUGUUUGUGUGUGUGUGUGUGUGUGUGUGUGUGUGUGUGUGUGUGUGGUCCUGUUCUAAACCUCUGCAUGGUCCCCAAAGCGCUGUCCACUACUGCUGAUAUCCUGAAUCUUCACCUCCUGCCUUUAAAUGCACAGGGUUGACCGUAUUAAUGCAAGCACACAGCUCUAACGCACCCCUCACCUAGCCACUUAACCAAUCAAACGACAGCUCCCCCCCCGCCUCCAAAGCUCUUAUAGGUUGCUAAACCCCAAUGGCUGUCUUCUCUACUGUUAUUUGCUUGUGCUGUGAUUGGGCAAUUAAGUGACGCCUGUUCAAAGUGGCCAGUGCUGCAUUAGCACUCACGCAAGGCUGUAAAUAAGACUUAGUAUCAAUUUUCUUCUUGAGUCAGUGUAAAUAGAGUUUGAUAUAAGCUCACUCGCAGCUUAGAAUAUAGCAGAGGGAGACCCUGCAGCCCUGGCUGGUUGUAAUGAAUAUGUUAAGAUAAACUGUGCGGUUAUUGAAAUAUAGGAAUUGAAACCAUUAAUUGUUUUUAAAAACAGAGCUUUACCUCCAUUCUUUACAUUGUUGUGAACUCCUCUUGUCAUGAAAUCUUGUAAAUCCUAUAGCAGAAUGUCCUUAAAGGUUUCUUAUUUCUCUUUCCUUCUUUACUGUGUUACUCAGUUCCUGCAUUCCAUCAUUCAUUUUCACUUGGAUAAUCCUCCUCUUCUUCUUUGUUUUUUUUAAUUUUUUUUUUUAUGUACUUUGUGAUUUAAUCACAUUUUUAGCCUUUUCUAACUGUUUUACCCUUUGUUGGCCAACACAUUAUUAUUAUUUUUUCAGAGAGCUGAGAAAAUGCUCAAUGCUCUUUAUCGUUAAUUAAUUUUUUCCCCAUUUUUCCAUGAUUACGUUUCACACAGGUAUUAGUUAAACAGCCAUAAUAGGGUGAACAAAAAAAUGCUCAGGUCAUAUUUCACCCCAAAAUCAAAAAAAAAAGUUAGUGCUAUCAUAUGAUUAAAAUAAUUAAUCGUAAUGAAUCGCAUAAUUUUUUAUGGUUAAUGCAUUCCAAAAAAUAAGCCCUAUGUGUAAAUAUCCUAAUAUUUGAAUCCUAAUAUUAAUAUUUGAAAUCUGUCAAUUUGAAUGGAUGUCACUCAUAACACUUAUUUGUGUAACAGCACUCUUUACUCGUCUCACCAAAAUAAGCGAAACAGAUUUUAUAUUUCUCAAAAGGCAUCAAAAGACAGAAUGCAAACACAAAACUCUAACCUGCAAUAAUUCAAUAAUAAAACAGCAACAGUUUCCUACACUUAUAUGAAUAUAUCUUCAACUGGGUUUUGAAUUUUUUAGAAUGACAGCAUUUUGCUCGUGGCUGAUAUUUCAAUUGUUGAGAAUCAUAUUUAAUUAAUUUGACUGCUCUAAAAAAAGUUAUUUACCCAAUUGUAAUGCAAAACAAAUAUAUCUAUUAUUUCCAUUACUAUAAAGAAAUUGCAACACGGUUAUGAAAAUUAUCUUGCUCCGUUUAGUAAUUAUUAAUUAAAUUAAAAUCCAGUACAAGGACUAUCAUUAUUUAUAAAUACUCUACAAUUAUUAUUAUUAUUAUUAUUAUUUUGGCAUUACAGUAAUACAUUUAUUGUGUUUUUUUCUUCGCAUUACAGUAAAAAUGUAAGCUUCAUUUUCUUUAUACAAAAUAUAAUAAUUUUUCUUUUGAAUUUGGGGUGAAAUAUGACUCUGACAUGUUCUUGACAGGUUUCAUGUGAUUCACCCAAUAACUGUUUGUUUACACACCAGCAGUUCCAUCUGCCACAUUCUCAAAGAUUGGGUAAUAAGACUCUAUAUGGUGUCUCUAAUAGCAGUGUGCUUGAUCAUUUACGAUCUUAAUGUUUAUCAUCUGUAACUACAGUGUUACCUGGGUAUUUUCGUUAUUUGUGGACAUAGGAUGUUUCUUUAAAACAUAAAACAUAACACAACUCAGCAUAUUCUUUUCGUAUGCUAGUUGUUAUUAUCUAAACACAGUAAUUAGGUACAACUAUUACCAUGUCGGCAUGGUAUAGAAUUUAAUGCAUGUCUAUGGACACAGUAUUAAAAUCACAUUAGCCACUGCCUGUGCUGUGUCCACUAAACCAAACACGACUGCCUUAGCGUGGCCUUAGCUGUUCAUAGGUAUGCGUCUUAAUUUACCUAACUUGUGCUUUUUAAGUGUGCUAAAUUAUUGGGUUUUGUGUAAUUCAAGGGGGUGUUAUCGCCAAAGUCCUUUUCUCCACUGUUUUUGUGAUAUUUGUGGGACUUUCGUCAAGGGCUAUCAUAGAGCUAAAGUAACAGAGCCAUAUCUGCUACUUUAUGCAUCUCAUUCUCUGUUUCUCCACGAAACUCUAUUUUUUUUUAUUUUUAUUUUUUAUCAUGAGUAAUUUGUAUGAAGCUUCUCCUCUGUCAGGGCUCAGGGUCAUUAGAUAAACUUUUCUGUGGUAUGAGAGUUAAUCAUAGCUAAUGAAGAUUGUCUUUAGGUGUGAGUUUGGUGUCCGAACUGGGUCGGUGAUUUAAUGAUCAUGUAAGCUAAAUUUAACUACCUGGAAACUGUGUUCGCUCGGUAGGGCGAGCGCAGUGUGUGUGUCUGGUUGUGUGUUUAUGAAGCGAAGGAGGCGAUGUAUAGCAUUUUAUCUAUACACCAAGUAUAUUCAUAUAUGACUGGGCAUUGCAUAUUUGGCCCAGCCUAGAUGGGUAGUGUGUGUAUGUGUGAGAAGGAAACCGAGUGAGGUAAAGAGUGAGCAAGUUCUCGUUUCCUCAGUACACAGUUGUUAUAACUAAUAAAUACCUUAGUCAUGGCACUUAAGAUUUAAUGAUAUGGAAGGUUUGCUAAAUAUAAAUAUAUAUCUCUAUGAGUAUUACUUUGACAGUGUAAAAGAUUAAAAUAUUUUCUUGUAGACUAGUUUUGAUAUUCUGGUAUCAGUACAGGUGGAGGCACAGGGCAGAGAGUUAUAUGUAUGAGUAGGCAGGUAUGCAAAAUAUAGGAACGGACGGUUGAAUGCUAACCUCCUGCCCAGUGCAGGUUAAUGUAUACUUUAUUUUUCCUUUCACUUUUUUCUUGUUGCUGUCUGUUUUGUUGUCCUCAUGCCUUCUCUCUAUACUAAGCUGCUCAGUACUUUGUGGGAUGAGGGUGUUGAAUCGAUUUUAAACUGGAAAACAAAGAAAUCUUCCAGUCUUCUGCAUUUUGUAAUCAUUCACAAUGUAUUUGUUUUGGUCUGAUUUAGUGUCGAAAAAUUGAGAAUGAUAUCCCUGCAGCACUUAGCAUACACAUAGAUCAGACAAACCAAGAUAACGUGUCGUGUAAACGGUUGCAAGAAAUACAUUAUGCAUGAUGAUGAUGAUGAUGAUGAGAGAUAAGAAAGUCGACAAUGAAAGUGAUGUUGGUCUCUAUUCCGAGUCCAAAAUGUAACCAUAACAAACUACCUCUCUGGGGAACAGACACAUUUGAUUUGUAUUUUUUUAUGAUUCAUGUUUGUAUUUAUUGCUGUGCAGUGGCUCACAUGGACAACCCAGUACCUCAUAUAUAAAUCUCACUUAACAACAAAGACGCCUUAACAGCAGUUUUAUCAGAUAAUUUUUUGUUGUUGUUGUUGUUUUUAAACUAUUAUUAUCUCUGUGUACAGUAUUGUAUCCUUGGCUUUCUUCAACAUGUUCAAAUAUUCACACACACGGACAGACAGACAGACAGACAGACAAACACAUAUGCAUUCACAAAGAAAGCUGAGAGCUGUUUAAGGCGUGGUUACUUCCAUGAUUGACAGUGUUCAUUUGCUGCUGGGAUUGGUUGCCACUCCUCAGGCCCCUUCCCCCUCUUUACUCUGACUGCUCAGUUGGAUUUUGCUGCUUUGCAAAAAUAAUUACACAAAUGGAACAUGAACGAGCAUGACCUUCUCUCUCUUUUCUCGUUUGUUAAUGGUGAUAUUAUGUCAAAUCGCUAUUCUUUAGUGUCAUCAACUCUACAAAUCACACUUGCUCGAAUGUUACCUCAUACAAAAACACAUAUGCUCCACAGUCAAUACCUCAAGCCAGGUCAAUCCUAAAAUGUAGAGUCGGAUGAUUUGCGAGAAAAUUGAUGACCGAUUCACCCUUAAAGGAAUAUUCUGGGUUCAAUACAGGUUAAGCUCAAUCAACAGCAUUUGUGGCAUAAUUUUGACUACUACAAAAACUUAUUUUGAAUUGUCCCUACUUUUCUUUAAAAAAAAAAAAAAAAAAAAAAAAAAAAUCUGGGUUACAUUGUGGCACUUACAAUGGAAGUGAAUGGGGCCAAUCCAUAAACAUUAAAUACUCAGUGUUUUAAAAGUAUAGCCAAAACAAUAUGCAUGUUAACAUGAUUUUAGUGUGAUAAAAUCACUUACUAACCUUUUCUGUGUAAAGUUAUUUCCAAUUUUACAACUUCGUUGCCAUGAUAAUGUAAUGUCAUCAAACCCUAAAACGACUGUAAAAACAAUUAUUUAAACAACUUUACAGUUCAAAUAACACCAGUUUUAAUAGAACUAUUGUAAGUGCUUUUAUAAAAUUAAAAGCUUCAAAUUUCUGCUUUUAAACUCACGAAAAAUUGGCCCCAUUCACUUCCAUUGUAAGUGCCUCAUUGUAACCUUGACGUUUGCUUUUUUAUUUUUUUUUUAAAGAGACUGAGGGACGAGUCGAAAUAAAUUUUUUUGUAAUCAACAUUAUGCCACAAAUGCUGUCGAUUGAGCUUUAACCUGGAAUAUUCCUUUAAGAACGAGAUGGAGAAUAGAGACAUGCUCUUUACCUCUCCUCUUCUGAGUGCCAAUGGACAGGAGUUCAAUAGAAAGUUUGUGGCACCAAAUGGAAGCACUUCUGUCUCUGAGUGAAUGGGUACCAUAAAGAAAACUGUUAUACAAAUGCUAGCUGUUUACAGGCUAACAGUAGAAUGCCUGCUCACAAAGACAAAACCAGUUGAAUAAUACCAUUCAUGAAAAUCAAUGGUGAAAAAUUGCCUUUUUUUCUUUUCUUUUUUUCAUCAUAAAGUAUUGUAAAUUCAUGUUCCUGAUCUCAUGUAAUUGGUCAAAUGUUUUACAAAUCAAUAAAAGACUAUAAUAAUGAAAACUGGUGAUUUUGUUUUCAU